UUCAAAAUUUAUUUUUCGUUUAGUUACUUCUGCAUGAUGAAUUUUAGUUUAUGGCAAUUAACGGUUAUCUUGGUGCUGGGUAUUUGUGCCGGACAAGGAAAUGGAAAGGCCAAUCGACUUCUAUUGCAGAAUUAUGAUCAGGUUUUUGACGGAGCUCAGUCCCGGUCAGCGCACGGAGAACCAAAUAACUGUCUAUCGGAAUUAUGGUCCACUGAAUGCCCCCCUGAUGCGUAUCUGGUACCCAUGAGUCCUCAAUUAGUUGAAUACAUUGUUAGCCUACACAACUAUUUGCGCAGCACCAGUGGGGCUCAGACUAAAUCAAUCCCCUUUCGCUGGAGCAACGAAUUGGAAAAGUUAGCUGAAUAUAAUGUUAAGCAAUGUAAGGUCGCUCACGAUGAUUGUCUGACCAAUACUUACAAGAUCACCGGACAAAAUCUCGCGCACAAUGUCUAUACGGGAACAUUUAAUGCGCGAACUGAUAGUGCAUUGGUAUUGCAAUCCAUUAAAUCUUGGUGGGGCGAAUACAAAAAUAGUCAGCAAGAGAAAAUUGGGUUUGACAAGAACAUAGUUAUAGGUUGUGCCGCAUCCAGAUUCUAUUCAAAAACUUCGCAUAACUUCCUGAUUGCCUGCAACUACGCAACAAUUAACAAUCUUGGUCAAUUUGAGCUUCGUCAAGAUAACACCGCAGGGCUGGGCUACCCAUUUGACAAAAGGCUUUUUUAUUGAA